AUGCUCCAGACCAGUGACUAUUGCCUGGUGUUCUCCCUGCAGUUCCUGCUACUGUCCUAGGCUGUUAAUUCCUUUGCAGAACUACUCCAAAUGGCUCCUAUCAUCCUGGUGUUUCUCAUUAUCCAGGAUACCGCAAUUCUCUUCAACAUCAGCAUCAUUUUCCUCCUGUUCUCCAACACCUAUGUCUUCCAGGCGGCACUGGGCAACUCUGUAUUCCGUAAGUUCAAAGGGACCACCCUCCUCAAAGCUAUGUUCUUCGCCCCCAGCAUCUUCCUUCAUGUCUGGGUCAUGACUUUACACUGGAAAAAUUCCCAACUGCUUUGUCAGGAGAAAGAGACUUUCUGUUACUUCUGCAAAUGGACAGCUGUGAGACUGGGUGAUCCUCACUUCUACCAGGACUCUUUAUGCCUGCACAAGUUCACCAACGCCAAAGCUUACACAAGCUUUGAAAAGGAAUGCUCUGCUUCUGGACAGCCGGGGAACCUCGAACUCUGA